AUGACCGUAAAGCAUCUCUCACUGGAGUACAACAAGCUGAAUGAACGAGGGACCUUCUCGCCAGGGGACGUCCUCUCUGGAAAGGUGACCGUGGUGACCAACAAGGAAACCAAAGUGCAGCGUUUCCUGGACCUUUCUUCUGGGAUUUCAAAAGUGACUUUUCCACCGUGUGUUUCUCUGCGGAAGAUGACCAUCCUGAAUUUCUCUAUUGAAUAUGACGCCGUCAACAGCCACAACAUCUUCACUAAUGGAGAUACCAUCAAUGGAAGAAUCAUUGUGGAGGUCUCUAAAGAAACUAAAGUCCAGUCUCUUGUUUUCAUAGCACAAGGAAAAGCUCGGGUUGUCUGGCAUGAGCAUCACGGGACACAUCAUCACGGGACCAAUCAUCACCGCGUUUUCUGGGCUGAUGAGAAAUAUUACAGUAUCGAGCAUCAUAUCCUGAGAGAAGCGAGACAAGAUGGUACGGAAGUCAUUAGCAAAGGAAGACACGUAUUUCCUUUUUCAUUUGCAAUUCCUGACAGAAGAAUCCCAUCAUCUUUCAAAGACUGCACUGGCAAAAUCGUUCACAAGUUGAAGGCUGAGCUCAAACAAUCGAUGAAGCUGACAAAGAAGGCCAAAUCCGAAUUCACGUUCCGCUCCAAAGCAGACAUGGAUGUUCCCGGACUUCUGGAACCCCAGUGUGGCUCCAAGGACAAAUCUCUCAAGGUUUUUGGCUCUGGAAAUGUUUCUAUGGACAUUCACACUGAACGAAUGGGCUACAAGCAAGGUGAGAAUGUCAAAGUCACGGUGGAAAUCGUGAACCACUCCAGUCGUUCGGUGAAGCCCAAAUUCUCACUGUACGAGAAAAAGAGUUUCUUCGCCCAGGGACGCAGGAGAGUUCACACUAAAGAGAUCCUUAAGGACAAAAUUGAGGCUCUUGCAUCUUCGAGCAAAGACACUUUGACCAAGGUGAUGUCCAUCCCCAGAGAACUACCCCCCUCCAUCCUGAACUGCUCCAUCAUCAAGCUUGAGUACAGACUGAAGGUCUAUCUGGAUAUCAAGUGUAGCAUAGACCCAGCAGUCAACCUCCACAUCGUCGUCCUUCCUAAAGCUGUCCAAGCAACAGCAACAGCAAAACAACAGCCUGCGUCCGCUGCUUAUGGAUUUGAAGGCUUCGGGAACCCGACCCUACCAACCUGGAGCACUACACACCAGCAAGCAGCACACCGACCCUUCAACCCCCCACCUGCCUAUGCAGCAUAUGCAAUGCCCCCCACUGUUACUUAUUCUGACAAAAAUAGCUCUUUGUUGUAGAUUCUUCCCAUAAAAGUACCAAGCAGACCAUUUAUUUAGCUUUGCACUCCUUAAACGUGUACUGACUUGUGAUGAACACAUUUUUUAAAUUUUACCAGCUGUAACAUUUUGUGAGAGAUGGUUAGAGACUCGGAUGUGAAGCAUGUUGUUCAGUGAACCACGCAUUCAGAGCCUAGGUCAAUGCAAAGAUAGGUUUUGUUAUUUUUUUUGUCAUUCUUAAUCCCUUGGACCCAUCAUCCAACAGAAGGACAUGCAGAGGGCACGGUUGCUGUUGUAUCGUCUUUCUACUCUGUUUGUUUCA